AUGCUGUUAAAGAUUCGAAAUUAUAGAGGAAACCAAAUAAAGGUUAAUGCUUUGAGCUUUAGCACGAUAAGUCGCUUGUCGAAGGCAGUUUCUGCAAAACAGAAUUUCGAAAGCUCAGGAAAGCAGGGUGAUAAAUUCACAUCCUGCAAUACGCGAGAUGUAACAAAAGCAAGCUUAAAUUCAUUGCCAAAAAACCUUGGUGAUGAUAAAGAGCGGGUCGCGUUUCAACAGUGGCUUCAAUCUCCUGAGGUAAAGAAAGCAAAGUUCUUUAAUGGAGCAGGCUUUGGAUUAGGGCCUAGACGGGAUCAGCCAUUUCCAUUAAAUCCAAGUUUUCGACCCUCGCGUCCUACUUCCCAUUCUGUACGAAUGCAAAUUAGUAAUGAAUAUCGCCAAGGUAUUAGUGUUGAUGUACUUGCUCGAAAAUACAAAACGUGCCCUCAAAGAAUUGAGGCCAUCGUAAAGUUAAGGAAUGUAUUUGAUGAACGUCAAAGUCACAAUGCUCCUGUGCUUUCCAGCUACGCCAAUGUGAUGGAAAAAAUGGUGAAUGUUUGCAGAGAACCAAGUCGACUUCAAUUCAAUGAUCACGGAGAUCUUCCUAUUCAAUCAAGGGCAACUCCUCUUUGGAAAAGUAUUUCUGAAGAUCAUGUUUUUAGUCCAGAAGAAGCUGCAAAGACACUCCACUGGCCAUCUUUAGAGGAAAUCGCUAAUCAAAACAAUUCUGUGGGUAAAAAUGAAAUUAGGGGAGCCGUCAAUAGCUCUCAUCGAAGUGAAGAAUUGGUUGCAACGGAUGAGGCACAAACAGGAAAGCGCAUAUUCCGAUUAGUAGACGUUUCUAAUGGUGAUCUUUGGAAGCGUGACACGGCCGGAAAUAUUUACGUUAGGCGACAAGCAGCUACGUCUAAUUAA